AUGUCGGCAAGGGGAGCUCGAAGCCGCAAAGUCCAACAGAAGGAUAUCCAAAAGAAAGAGAAGAAGGUUGCAGUACAGGGUAAAGCCCCAGAAACGCACGAUGCUUUCGCCGACUGGCGAGCUACACCAAGCAGCAACGGGUCGCGAAACGCUGGACUCUCCCGCUCAAUCACCGUUUCCAGCAAUUUAAGCCAUGGAACUUCACGUAGCAGCGGCACAAAUGACAGCGGUCACCGAUCGCGUCUGAACACUGUCUACUCGAAUGAUUCGUCAAGUCAUGGGAAGCUACCAAAGUCAUCUACAAGCGGCGCUGCCUCCGUCUCAGACCACUCAGCCAAAGGGAAAGAGAAGGCGAAGUUCCAGGCCAAUGGAAAAGAGACGAAGGCGCCUCGCGGAAGAGGUGGUGGAGUCCCAAUCAAAUCGGCAGCCGCGCCAUCACCUGCACCCCCAUCCUCUCGAACCGAGUCAUCUGCCCUCUUGCUUCCGAGCCACAGAAGAACCUGGCUGGACUUCAAAAUAUGGGAUGGUGGCAAGGAAGAGAUGCGUCCCUACGGUGGUUUUGCUUUUGACGAGGAUAUGCACAACGGCAGCGUGUUGAUCUAUUUCAAAGAAGAGCAAAUGGACGAAGACCAUCCAGUUCCUUCGAUUCGUGCCGAAUUGGGCGUUUUGCAAAGCUCAGGCUCGAGCUGGCUAUGCAACGCUCUUGCGAUGGGUCGUCUCGACGAGGACGAGGACGAUUGGGCACUGACAGCUGCCAAUGAUUUGAUGCCAUCAAAUCAGUAUGCUCACGAGAGAGGAUUGUUUGAUUCGACUGCACCCAGUGGCAUGUCUCCACUUCCCCUAGACAUCGACCAGAUGUCUUCGAGAGCAUCAUCUAGAAUAGCGGCCCGAGCUCCGCGAAUGGAUAGAGAGCGCUCACCUUUGUCGACACUCCCUCGUCAAAACAGUCAACGAAAUCCAACUCACGAGAUAUGGUUCACUGCCCCAUUGGAGCUCAGGACUGUACAAGCACAAAGGUUACACCAUGUAGCUAUUCGAAACUUCCUUGCUAUUUUACACGGGAAGCCCAUCGUAGGCGCAGACCUUUUUGAUAUGCUUAGCACGCUUCAGUCGCAGAUACAAGUCAUGUACGACCUCGAUCUCGAUACCCGCUCGAGGACAACACCUGCAGAGUGGAGCGUGCAGAUGAUAACGAACUACCUAGGACGUUAUGAAAUCGACAACGUGUGCAACAAUGUCAGGCGCGCAUUGGCACUUCUUGCAUGGGCUGAACAGGACAACGUAAGAUGGCGGCAGGGGUAUCUGGAGUGCUUUACACAUCUUGCGGGUGCGGUCACACCCCAAAUUGAAGACACUCAAGAGUUCAAAAGACUAUCAAUAGUAACGAGAAGGAACCUUGGGAUCGCAGCAAAAACCUUGCAGUUACGUGUGAUGGAGGGAGAAGAGAAGCUGGGCAACUUUGAUUUUACCAACCUAUGGGAAGAUAGUCCAAAGCUCACAAACAGUCCCGUUCAUCAAAGCUACCAGGCUUUUCGACAAUUCCUGAUCGACCACUACAGCCGCGUAUACGGUUCUUGGCCACCACUCUCACAAGGUCCUUGGCUCAACCGUAAAAUUGUCCUAGCGAUGCAGAACGACUUCGGAUCCCUAUACGACUAUCUAGUCGACCGUGAUGUGUACUGGAACCCUCGGGAAGAGCGUGCCAGCAGAAAAUGGGAAAUGCAACAUCGCAGGACCGACGAGUUCGAAGCAGAUUUGCCAGAACUUGGAAUCACCGAUAUGCUGGUCAUGUACGAUGCGAAGGCUGGAUAUGCACACAUACCCCAUCCGUAUCCACUAUUGCCAAAAGAGGUCUCGAAAUCGGCAAAGGAGAAGGAGAAGAAGAGUUUCUUCUCCUCGCUGAAGAAAGACAAGUCGAAAGAUGUCACCAAAGACGCAAAAACACAUCUGCAGCUUUCGAUCAUCUUCAGUGAUGCUACGAAUAUCGAGAAGCUAGACGUAAACUUCAACGGAUCGAUUCUCAUUGACCGAUUUGGACAUUUCGAGCUCACCACUGACCUUAAGAAUGUCACGCCACGCGAAGCUCGCCUCGGCCGCUGGGUCCUCCUCUACGGCAUCCUGCAAGUCUUGUCCACACUCUCAGUCGACGUCACGGGUCUCAAACACACAGAAGGGGUACGCUACUUUCUCUGCACAGACCUAAAGCGCUGCCCCGAAUGGGUUUCCAGCGGACAUGUUGAAUUCCUCGAAGCCAGCCAACAACGCUCGUGGUGCUGGCAACGCGCUUGGGACCCAACACCUGUUCGCAACGCUCCCGUCGAACUUGAGGCCACCACCACCCCAGACCGCCCGAUGGCACCAUCCGAGCGCUCACGCUCGAACACGCAAACACACAAGACAGAGUACACACCAAACACGACACCACCACCUCAACGGCCACUGCCUCCUGCGCCACUAGACUUUGAAGGCGCAACGGUUAUGCAGAACGACAUUGCCCGCAUCAGCGAGAAAAUCAACAGCCUCUCCAUGAGCACCAACGCAUCUCGAAUGUUGCGCCAGGAGUACGAGCGUCGGCGCGAGAACGAGAAGGUUAUGGCCGGCGAAUUCAAAUCGCCUCGUCUCAACGAUGUUGGCGUCGAAUACAGACACCUCCGCACAGACGACACGUAUCGACUCGCGGAAAGCAACUACGCACAUCGCCCUCUACCACCGGUAUCCAGAGGGAGAGAUGUGAAUGCGGAUCACCCAGUCCCGCCACCAAAGAGUCCGUUGAGAAGCCCUGUACUGAGCGGCGUCAGCACGGACCUAGGCGGGUAUCCGUUCAGCGCUGCGGAAAUGGGGUUUCCGAGGCCACCGGAGUAUGGAGUGGGGAGGGAGAGAAGCGGGAGUAGACCGCCAGGUUACGCAAGCGAAGUGGGGCAAGGGCGGAAUCGGAGUGCGAGCAAGCCUCCUGGGUAUGAGGAGCGGGCUGGAAGACGGGAGAGGGGUGUGUAUGAGAGGACUGAGUGGCAGUAG